UGGAAGCGAAUGGUCACACAUUCGUUCGUUACUGCACACGUUACAACUCGUUUUAUUUGAACUUUUUUUCGUUCGAUUUGUAACUGAAAAUAAGCAAAGUACUUGUUUAAAAUAAUAACAGAGACCUGAAACAAAUAAACCACAAUUUAUUAUUAUUUUUUUAAAUUACAAGUCGAAAAAUCACAGCUUCAAAGGUGAACAAAAAGAAAGAAAAUUAUUUAUUGAAUACAACGACAACACAGAAUAGAAAGAAAGAAAAUAGAAAUGAAAUCUUGAAGCAAAAAAAAGAAAAGAAAAUAGACACAUUUGGAAGCAUGAAAUACUUGUGUCAAGAGAAUUGAGUGCGUAUGUGAAUGACUGUAUUGUAGUGAGUUUUUUUCGUGUUGGAGCAACGCUAAAAAAAGCAAAGUGAGAAGAAAUAGCAUACACAAAGCGAGAGAUAUACAGCAAAAAAUGAAUAAAACUUGCCUGCUUUGGAAUGUGUCGAUCGUCACCAUUUGAUCGAAUUGAAAUCAUCGGUCGGACGGAUUACAUCGACGACAUCAGCUAAAGUCAAGUAGCAAUGUUGCGACAUGAACACUCUUUUGUUGUUUAAUUGACCAAGUCGAAUUAAGUGAUUCGUGAAAUUCUCUAUCUCGCAUUUUUGCGGAGACAGAAGAAAAAGAGAAAUUUGAACAGUUAAAAAGAAAAAAUUAAAUAUAAAAAUAUAUACCCCAAGCAAAGAAAUAAAAACAAGAAAAAAAAUCAAAUGAUGUGCAAAAAAUGGCAAUCGAUUACAUUAUUGGCGCUAUUCAAUUACUAUCAGCGGCUGUAAAUGUAUUAGCGCUCGGUUCAUUUUGGAUUACACCAGGUCUACGAACGACAGCCAAUCGCUUUGUAAUCAAUUUGCUCAUUGUUAAUAUUGUGGGUUGUGUGGCUUUAACACCUGCUCUAUGGCUUCACGGAGGACUCAGUCCAACUGUUUACAGUGAAUCUCGACCAAUUUACGAUAAUGAAGCGAAUACAUUCACAACGGUAUUGCCAUCAUUGUCUGCCCGACGAAAUGAUUCAACCGUAAAACCAACCGUCUCUGUCGAAAUAUUUGCCACCAAGCAAAUAUUCGCACAGAACAAUGACACUGAACACAUUGCCAACAUCCAUGGGGACGAGCACAAACGCCAAACAAAUCGAACGGCCAACAGCGAUAAUAAUCAAACGAUGACCAAUAAAACUUGGUCACCAACGAAGAAUGUUCAGUAUUCCGACUGUACACGACUGUUCCUUCUGGAUUUGGUCGCCGCUCUAGGUGGCCUUUCGGUGAUGCUUGUCGUUGGCGAUACUUGGUGUGCAAUAACCGAUCCGUUGCGCUAUCAUUCACGUAUCUCUGGGCUAAAAUCAUGGAUUUUAAUCGUGGCUACAUGGUUUGUGAGCAUAUUAUUUUGCAUUGCAUCCGCAUUGCGUAGAGAUUGUCGUUUGAUUACAACUGAAAUAACAACGCAACUGCAGAAAAUCACUUCCACCAACCAUGAUGCCGCCGUUACCAUCGAAUCAGAUGGCCCUUCAAAUCGUACAACCAGCAUGGUUGGCGAUUCACUGCAUUUUGACGAUAUUUACAAUUUGAUUUAUUCUUGCACAUUUUUUGUGGUGAUCAUUUUGCUUCCCAUUUGUCUUGUAUGCGCAAUGUAUUGGAAGAUAUUCUCGGAGGCCCGUCAAAAUGGCCUACGAAUGAGGCAAAAUGGUUCAUCACCACUUUUACAAAGUGCUCUGAAUUUGGCGACCGCUUCGGCUCAUUUACCGCCACCAGUCAAUCACCUUGAUCAUUCGUGCAGUGUCAUUGGCGAAGAAGAUUCAGACAAUGCCACCGAUAGCUUGGCUAGUAGUCGAUCAAAUGUGAUUCAAGUCACAUUACGUCGUAAUUCAAUGGCAGCAACAACAAGUCCCAUUCAUCAUGUUAGCAUCAUUAAAGAUUCAAAUUAUCGAACGGCACAAACCAAAUUCCAUUCAUCCGCACAUAGAGUAAAUUAUUUGAGCGGUCAACCAUCACCGUCAAUUCAUCGUCGAUACUUGGAAAUUCCAAAAUUCCAAGAAACCUAUCAUUCGAACAUAAAUGAGAGUAAGAAUCAAAUGACUGAAAUGAAUGGGCACGAUGCAUCAUCGGAUGAAUCGUCAACGAUUGAAAAACGAAGAUGUUUACCAUUCGAGCAUCGAAUUAUUUACGAUCCAAUGAGUUCGGAUGUGGUCAAUGAGCUGAGACAAGUGCAUUCAACGCCCGAUCUCCAAAAAUCGAUUCAAACCGAAUUGUCAAUGCUGGCGGACGGACGUUGUGGUGUCAAGCAUUCAAGUGAUAAAAAAAUUCAUAGCAGCGGUAGUAUUGAUAAGCAUGCAAGCACAGCAAUACCAACACGACGCCCCUCAAUUUAUACACCGCCAAAAGCCCUCAGUUACAUGACAUCGAUUCGGCAUCGACUGUCGAAUGCAUCAAGCAUAUUCAAAUAUCGCGAAGAAUCGCGGGCAGCUCGAAUAAGUAUUUUAGUUGUAAUUAUGUUCCUAUUUUCAUAUUUUCCGUACGGUCUGUUGGUGUUACUUCAGGGUCGUGCCACAUUCUUUGCCAAUUCAUCGUGUUUGGGCGUAUUAUUUUUACUCAUCGCCAAUUUAUUUUCACCAUUUAUAUUUGCCUAUCGAAAUCGUCGAGUGCGUCGCGGUGUAUGUCGAUUAUUUGGCGUUGAUGCCAAAACAAAUGAACGCUUACAGAAACAACGAAUGAUUGCCCAUGGUAAUAUGCGUGCAAAUAGUUGUCGUGAACGAAAGCGAAAAACCAAAGUCGUUCGAAUCAAUCGAUAUUCAGCAAAAUCGGCAAGUUUUAGUAGUGGUUCAAUUGAUCAACCAAAAUACACACAAGUUCCAUUAAUGGAACCGAAAAACGCCGAAACCACACAUCAAAAGUACAACAAACCGAAAGACUGUGCUGUUUAUAUGGAUGAUAAUUUAUGCAGCACAAAAAUCGUUGCCAUCGAGGAAUGUAGCAGUGAUGAUGUGUCGCCAUCUUCACCACUGCAACCACCACCGUCACCAAUCAAAGACGACGAUAAUGAACAGACAAACGGAUGCGUUUCAUCAAAUGUCAUCAAUUUCAUUGCAAAUUGUACGAUAAAUAGUGGUAGUAAUUGUAAACUAGACCAAAGUGAUUCAAUGGACGAUGAUGCAGCUAUUGCCAAAUACGUCAUUAAUGACAUUGUCAAUAAUAAAAAUUGUGCGAACGGUGUUAAAGAUAUGAACCACGAACAACCAAAUCGUAUUCCAUUUCACUUAAAUCACAUUAAUAAUAAUAAUAAUAUUAAUCUUAAUAUGUGUAGUUUGGCGAAAAAUGGAAAUGUAAAUAACAAGACACGCGGAAUGAAUUGUAAUUUCGGUUCAAAUACCGGUGCAAAUGUCAUUAAGCAAAAGAUCUCAUUGUUACGAAAUGUUUGCAAGCAAACGACCAAAAAACGGUCACCAACCAAUUGUGGCAGUCCAACAAGCCCCGAUCAUCAGUUUUAUUUCGAUCCCACCAAGCCGGUAAAUGUUUAGAGUAGAAACAAUGCAGAUAACUUAACAAACAAAAUACAAACAAACAAAUAUGUCCAAAAAUGGUAUUUAUCACACUCUACUUUUUUUAUUCUUUUCAUCAUCCAUUUCUAUCGACCACUUAAGUUUCAUUCUUUUGACCCGCGAUUAUUUCGAUGUCAAUAAGGUCAGAAUCCAAAACCAAGAGAUUUUAUUCUAUUUUAAAUGCAAACACAAACUAAUUGAGCAAGUAAACGAUGAAAUAAAAUGACUCUCAUGAUGCAAAUGAAAUGGGGGCACCGGAAUUUAUGUUAUGUAGACCGCGAUUAUUGUGAAAAAAAUCGACUGAAAUUGAUUAAUUUGUAAUUUUAAAAUUAUAAUUGUAGAAAAGUUGACAAAAAACCUGUGUCGUGUUAUCUACUUCUUUGCAUCGAAAGCAUAUACCAGAUUUAGACUUGAUUCGCGGUGAACAAAAAUAGAUUAGUCUAAUAUUUUGAUUGUAUGAAGAAAAAAAAAACAAAGCUCAAAAUAAAUGAUUAGUUGGAAAUAGACGGUACAAAGAAAUGAAAAAAAAAAUACCUUUUUCGGUGUGAGGUUAAUAAUAUUAUGUAGCAAAAAAAAUAUCGGUAAUGGUUUAACCUCCGAUGCUCUUAGCAUUACAUAUCAAUCAGUCGACAACAGAAACUCACACAAAAAAAUGGCAGACGGCAUUUUUUUUCUUUUUCGCUCUAAUACACGCUGAUUGAUCCCCGUGUCGUUUGAGUCAAAUUAUUAGGCGUAUACAGCCAAAACAACAAGAACCUCCCUCAGUAUUUGUUUAAGAGUGAAUGAGAAAAAACUACGCCAACAAAAAUCAACCGGUCAAACCUGUCUAAAUUUAUUAAUGAAUUUGUUGUGUUUGUUUCGAAUCGAGUAUUAUAAUGCUAAAAUGUUGGCAAUUGUGUUCAUUUCUUUCUAACAAAACAAAAUAUGAAACUAAUAAUAAGUACGUGAACCGUUGUUGCUGCUGCCACAAAAUGUGUUGUAGUUAGUGAUGUUGGCUGAUUGACACAAUGUGACAAGGAAAUACAUUUUGGCUUUGGCAAUUUGUUUCAGACAUUUCAGAGAUGAAACAUUUUAGAUGUACAACAAAAAAAAAUAAACUUUUUUACAUAGUUUUUUCGCCAUUCUUUUGUUGUCGAUGUUACAUCUGUCAGUGAAUGCUAUUUUAUUUAAAAUAGACAACUUUUAAUUAGAAUAAUGGAUAAAAGCACAUGAAAUAACAUGGCAAAUUAUGAAUGGCGACGCGAUCUGCAUGACUUGUGUGUUCCGUGUGCGUCAUAUUGUAAAUAGGUCUAACUGUAAAUGAAUCACGAUGGUAGUUUGUGCCCGGCAAACAGCCAAUUUCAUUUUGUGUGUCAAAUUUUUGAAGAAAAUUCGUCUAGGGAACAGUCAGUAGCCGUAAAAAUAAUAGUUUUUAAUAAGGCUCAUUACAUCGUUAGCAAAAAUUCAAUGGUUUCAAAGUGGAAAGAAACAAGAGCUUCGUAGUUAUAAUCUGAUUUGUAAACAUAAUUAAAUCAUACCAAAAUUGAAUAAUCCUUUGAUAGUGAGUGCCAGUCAUUUUCUAUGUGUAUUUCCUCCCGCUCUAUCUCUCCCUCACAAACACACAUACACUCACAUACACAUACACUCCAUGUAAAUGUACGCUCUACCAAAUGUUAGCUUUACACUGAACAAAUCCGAGUGCAUCCAACAUAUGAAUUUUUCAAAGACAUUUUUAAAGUGAGAAAAAAAGCUAUUUUUCAACAAAAACAAGUACACACAACACUUCAUGUUCAUGAACAAUAUCAAAACGUACAAAUAUACACACAUUUUAAACUAAAUAUUAUUGUCUAUUACAUUUUAAAGUAAAUGGAAACAAAAACAAAUGUUGAAUAGAAAGAAAUACUAUUUUAUCUACUUUAUGGAACAGAUGGAAUUAUAAAUACCAUAGAAUGCCUAAAAAUGAUUGUGAUAAUGGAUAUGAAACAAGAGAAACAUAAAUAUUGAUGGAAAAUUUAAAAUAACUUUAUAUUAAAUAUUAAAUAUAUCAAAUCUUUUAGGAAUCUAUCAAUGUUGAACAAGAAAAUGUUCACUUAAAUGUUGUUCAAGAUAAUUCAACAAAGAAAAAUCAAAAAAUUAUCAAACUCAAACGAUUGUAUUUUUCAAUAGAAAACAAACAAAAAAGAAAACAAAUUCAAGUGCAGGUAAAACGCAAAAAAGUGAUUUUCAAAAGAUAUUACGAACACAUACACACACAUUUGCACAGAGAAAACCACCACAAAGAAGAAAAAAAUGACUUUUAAAGAUUGUAAAUAAACGAAUCAUUGCUGCAUGAUUUUCGAUCAUUAUUUAAUUUAUAGAGUAGUUUUAUGCUCGACAUUUUUUAGUUUUUAUUUCUCUUAAUUUGUAUUUGCUCUUUUUUAAUUGUUUUAAUUGAUAUUACUCUAUAAGGAACGAAAUUGUCUUAGCUAAUUUAUAUAUUCUAAGAUUAAUUUGAAUGUAA